GCUCGGUCCAGGGCUCUUUUGCCCUGUCUCGCCAUUCCAUAGUAUAGCAUCUCUGCCGAGUGGAGGAGAAAGCAGGGUCUUUCCACGACUCUCUGUGCGAGGAUUUAGAAAACGUGCAAGAGAGAGAGAGAGCAAGGGAGAGAGAGAGAGGGGGAGAGAGAGAGAGAGAGAGUGUGAGCGUGCGCAGGGCUGUGUGGGAGAGAGGAUGGCUGCCUGCCUCUGAGCUGCCUCUGCGCUCACGGGGGAACUCAAACGUAAAUAAGGAAAGCCAGACGAAAGGAGAGGAGGAAAGGAAGAACUUUUUAGAGAGAAGAAAAUAGUUGUCAUAUAUUUCCUGAGGAGGUUUUUCACCGAGGGGAUCUUGGACGAUGCCUGCUGAAGUGAAACAGGAGCAGAGCCCCAGUAACGCCACAUCCCUGGCCAUGAUGCAGGAGCCCCAGGAGGUGGUGGAGGAGACGGUCACCAUAGAGGAGGACCCCGGCACUCCCACUUCCCAUGUCUCGGUGGUCACCUCUGAUGAUGGCACAACGCGGCGUACCGAAACCAAGGUGACUAAGAUGGUGAAGACUGUGACCACACGGACGGUGCGCCAAGUUCCUCUGGGCCCUGACGGCAUUCCCCUCCCUGAGGGCUCGUCCCCACUUGGCAGUUACACCGACUCCAUCGACCGGCGCUACAUGAAGAACGGUGGUGAGCGCUACAUCACGCCACAAGCCACCUCCACCCUGACACGCUCCUACAACAACUCCUACAACGACUCCUAUGGAGAGACGCCCGACAACCAGUAUGGCCGCCACUAUGGCUUGAAUGACGGUUACGGUGACAUGACAGAAAACUAUGGCAGCCUGUCACGUGGCGUCAACUUCUGGCCACCACGCUACCCCUACUUACCCAACAACUACCGGCCGGAGAACAGCUACACGCUUCCCAUCCGCAAGGACGACUACGGCCACGUGGCUCAGCCCCAAGUGCCCAUGGGGAGCAGCACCGUGGAUCUGAAUCGCUCACAGCCUGAGCGCUUCCAACCUGAGCCUUACGGCCUGGAAGAUGAUCGCCGCAGCCUGGGGCCUGAAGAGGAGGAACCCUACGAGCUGGAGCCCGACUACUCCACUGCCAACAGACGCACGCUGCAAGGCGCCAACCGGGGGCGCACCCACCGAGAGCCUCUCCGCGAUGGACCCCGAGUUAGAGGACACCCAGAUGACCCCAUUGAGGGAGAGAUGAUCGAUGAGCGCCCCCCUUAUAUCCACGGCAUGUACUCGGCACCACUGGCUCAGCCUGAGAGGGGCAGCAUGGCCAGCCUUGAUCGCAUGGGUGGCCGGCGCUCACCCUCCAUUGACAGCAUCCGCAAGGACCCACGAUGGCGUGACCCGGACCUGCCCGAAGUUAUUGCCAUGCUGGGCCACCCCAUCGACCCAGUCAAGUCCAACGCUGCUGCCUACCUGCAGCACCUGUGCUAUGAAAAUGACAAAAUCAAGAAGGAUGUCCGUCAGCUGAAGGGAAUUCCUGUGCUGGUGGGGCUCCUCGACCAUCCCAAGUCUGAGGUGCACCGUAAGGCCUGCGGUGCACUGAGAAAUAUCUCCUAUGGAAAGGACCAUGACAACAAGGUGGCUAUUAAGAACUGUGAUGGUAUUCCGGCCCUCAUCCGCCUGCUAAGGAAAACCAAUGAUAUGGAGGUCCGCGAGCUCAUCACAGGAACCCUUUGGAACCUCUCUUCCUAUGAGCCUCUGAAGAUGGUGAUCAUUAAUCACGGCCUGCAGACCAUGACCAAUGAGGUCAUCAUCCCUCACUCGGGAUGGGAGCACGAACCCAAUGAGGACUCUAAGCCCCGAGACGCUGAAUGGACCACCGUCUUCAAAAACACCUCCGGGUGCCUCAGAAACGUGAGCUCAGACGGGGCAGAGGCACGGCGCAGACUGAGGGAGUGCGAGGGGCUGGUGGAUGCCCUGCUCCAUGCCCUCCAGUCAGCUGUAGGGAAGAAAGACAUGGAUAACAAGUCUGUGGAGAACUGUGUGUGUAUCAUGAGGAACCUAUCCUACCACGUCCAUAAGGAGGUACCAGGGGCGGAGAAGUUCCAGGAUCCAUCAGCGCUGCAGGCUCCAGGCUCAGCGGGAUCACAGAGGAAGAAGAAGGAUGACGCUGGCUGCUUCGGAGGCAAGAAGGCCAAAGGCAGAAAAAAUGGCGAAAAUGACAAAAACUAUGACACAUUGGAUCUGCCCAAGCGCACAGAACCGUCGAAAGGAUUUGAGCUGCUAUAUCAGCCAGAAGUGGUGCGGCUCUACCUAUCGCUGCUGACCGAGAGCCAGAACUACAACACCCUGGAGGCGGCCGCCGGGGCCCUGCAGAACCUCAGCGCUGGACAGUGGACUUGGUCCAACUACAUCCGUGCCACGGUGCGUAAAGAGAAGGGUCUUCCCAUCCUUGUUGAACUACUGCGCUCUGACUCUGACAAGGUGGUCCGGGCCGUGGCCAUUGCCCUGCGCAACCUCUCCAUCGACCGCCGCAACAAGGAUCUGAUCGGAAGUUAUGCCAUGCGGGACCUGGUGAGCAACCUGCCCAGUGGUCAGCAGCGACCAGCCAAGAACCUGGAGGAGGACACUGUGGUCGCCAUUCUCAACACCAUUCACGAGAUUGUUACCGACAGCUCAGAGAACGCCCGUUCUCUCAUCCAGGCCCAGGCCAUUGAGAAGCUGGUGGCCAUCAACAGGACCAGCCAAUCAGCACGAGAAACCAAGGCGGCAUCCCACGUGCUACAGACCGUAUGGAGCUACAAGGACCUGAGGAACGCCUUGACCAAGGAUGGAUGGAACAAGAGCCACUUCCAGCCCACAGUGACAGCCACUCCUAAAGCAGCCAAGAAUGGAAAACCAGGUUACGAUGACACCACUCUUCCUCUGAUGGAGAAGAACCAAGGCACCAGGAAAAGUGGCAGUGGUGAUAUGAUACCUAUGGAUGAGCUUGGUCCAGAUGGUUACUCCACCAUUGACCAGCGAGACAAGGACUGCAAGUACAAGGCAGGCGACGGCUCGGUGGACCUGACAGAACGGGAGCCAUUAAAGAAUGACACAAAUAGGAAACACUAUAUCAGGAGUAACAGGCCUGCAGUCAGCCUGGUGGACGCUUGUGAUGUUAAGCCCCAGCCUGUUGACUCCUGGGUCUAAAUGCAUGCAUGGCUUAACAUAGCAUCAGUGAAACAUACCAACUAGAAGAGGAUCUAUCAUAUCACCACUGCCAUUACACAUGGAACUCAUCUUGGGGUUGACUCAUCAGAGGACUGUGUAAGCUAAGGAGGAUGUAAGAAAAAAAAAAGAAAAGAAAAGAAAAAAAGGACAACAGCAGCUAUCCAGCACAGCAUUCUCAUGCUUUUCAGAAAGAAAAAAAGACAGACUAAAAUAACACAAAAAGUGACUACUUCUACUACUUUUCACAUCUACAUUCCCACUGGAGAUUCUGUGACUUCACUGCGGUGACUCUUGUUGAGCUCGACCAGACACGGAGAGGACGGCGGCUGUCAUGUGUAAAGUAAAGAGAUGGAUGGAUGGAUGAAGGAUGGAAAGAGGAAGGUGACGGAAUCGAACGAAAAGGGGACGUAUGUCGGACAGAAACCUUUGAAAGGGAGAAACAAAACAGGAAAUUAACGUCCUUUUCAGUUUCACACGGACAGGGAGUCUUUGCACCCCCCCCUUUGUGUUUAUUUUAUAUUGGCCUGUCUCCAAUAUAGAUUUUUACAUGAAAACACUUUCUCCCGUUCUUAUGAUUUGGGAUUUUUGACUUGAUAAGGUAAUGGAAUGGCGUUUUUCGAGGGUUAAAGGAUGUUGUUGGUUUUAAGUGAGGUGGGCAGAUUUUGAUAUAAAUGGGCACAAGACAGAGAGAGGGAGAGAGAGGGAGCGCUGUAACAUAGAUCCAUGGGUAGAAACACAUUCACACCAGCUUACUCUCAUAGACUUACAAUCCAUUUGGUCCACUGUGUUUCUUAAAACGUGCAUUGAGACGCGUCCGGUUCAGGAGAGGCUACUGGAUGACUCCACGAGGCGAGGAGACGCCGCUCUCACACCCGCGAGUCGCCGUGCAGCGGAAGUGAGGCGGCGUGCGGUGUACAUCUGAUGACGUAAUGACACGGUUUCUGCGGAGGAUGGGGUCGCAAUCCACGAGCUGGGUUAAGGCGGAGAGGAGACGUGGAGCUGAUGGGGCCCCGGCUGUGUACAGAAGCAGUUAAAGGACUUUUUCUAGUUGAUUGCGCUUUGUCAAUGAUGUGUAUUAAAGAGGAUAUAAGACGUUUUGUUUAUAAAUGAUUUGUGUUAUUGGAGAGAGAGAGAGAGAGGCAGAAGAUUGUGCUCUUGCUGUUGAAAGAAUAGAUCUAAAGCAUUUUAUAUUUUUGUUGGGUUUUAUACAAAUGUAUAUUAGGGUCAUGAAGUAAAAACGGAAAAAUGAAGGAAAAAAAGUUACAGAUUUCUUAGUUGUAUAUUCAUAACGCAUCCUUUGGAAAGCACAUGCAUUUGAUAAAGGAUCACCAUAUUUGUACACAGGAAAUAACCCGCAUAGCUUUGGUGUGUGUCGAAUCUUGUCCGAGUCACGCCGACGACCCACCUAUUUAUAUUUUGUACCGUCGAGAUGAGCUGCAGAGAAAGGAAGGCGUUUUAUCUUCAGCUGUCUUUCCGUAAAGCAACGAACGCAGACUGCGCCCGCUACCCCCAUCUUACACACGACGAUUAGAGAGGAGAGCGGGAAGUCGUUUUAGGGGUCAGGGGUCAAAGGACGAGACGGAAGCAGCAGGGAUAGACAGGAAAUGGCGCUGCCAACACCUCCCCAAAAGUCUCUGAAAAGUCACCGACAACCCAAGCUAUCCUUUGAUUUCACCAACGCAUCUUAAAGAGAAAUAUUUGAAGCAAGCAUGAAGAAAAUUGUACAGAUGUUUAUAUUAUAUUCUUUCCAAGUGCCAGUUUUUGUUUUCUUUUUUUGUGUGUGUGAUGUCAUUGGAUAUUAACUCAACCAUCUAUCAUGUACUGAAAGACUUUAGCGGCGAAUGGGCGUAUGUGGUUCGGGGCGAAAAAAGGGGGGAAAACAAGGCUGCGUCACGGUGUACCAGAGCAAACCAGAUCAGGUUUGAUCGCAUAUAUAUUUUCUCCCAACAUUUUUAGGUGGGCUGCAGAGAUGUAGAAUUGUGGAGACGUUGCCAUUUUGGCUGAAAAGGUUGCUUGAGGAGAAAGUGUAACCACACAUGUGGUUUAUAGUUGAGUGGCGAUGUGAACCGUCUCUCGGGGUCUCCAAGACCCUCCUCUCUGGUUCCCAUCUCCCUCCUUCCUCAUUGUGGAGAGAGGGAGGAGAGAGAGAGAGAAAAGAGAGAGAGAGAAAAUCUAUGACUCUCACUCAUACGUCAGCUAGGCGAAUGGCAUGUGCCUGCGUUGAAGUCCGAUUUUCCUUUGUGAUGUGACCUUUAUAAAGCUUGCAUAUUUUACACAGUGUUUACAAAGACGUAAGUUGUGGUAAAAUGAGUAAAAUAAAAAAGUUAAGUGUACAAACUUUGAUUUUAAGGAUAGAACAUAAUUCCAGCAUCCCCUUUUGUGUGUCCUCAGAAGUGUGUGCUUUCAGUGGGAAAUAACUGAACCCUUGCAACGGAGAACCAUGUGCAUUUGACCGUCUGCUCCUGGCUGCGCUUUGCAGCACCUCAACCAAAGGAUCCCGAGUUGUAUUAACACGCGUUUGAAAGGAGGG